AUGCUCUACCCCAACCUGGCUGCAUGGACCCAUGGACGGGCUGUCACCCAGGCCGAUCAACACGAAAAUGGGGGUUACUCGUCCGACGACUCCCGCAACUCGGAAUGCUCGGAUGCGUCCCUCGCGGGUAGGCCUCGCACGACGCGUGGUAAGCGGCAACGACGCACAUGGACGCCGAGGCGUACCACAUUCAUACCGGCACGUACGGACACCGACGUUGCGGUACAGGCCGAAAUCCGCAGACGCGAGGACUUCGCUAGCGGCACAUACAUUGGGGACCCGCUUCAUGGCCGUAGGCAGGACAACAACAUCCGGAUCGCCUCCACCAACAUUAACAAACAGACAUGGCCGAAAAUGCACGAAGAGAUCGCGAACUGGUUUCUCGCCAACGCUAUAGACGUAUUGUUCAUGGCAGACUCGGACUGGGGCGCACGUGCGGGGUCACAGGUCUGGACGGCACAACAACAAGGCGGACCAGCCCCCGGGCUUAUCAUCUUUGGACACGGCCGAGUGGCGAUGGUUUUCCUACGGGAGCGCUGGACGGCGCGCAUCGACCGCAGGGCAAUACAAUACUCCCCGUCUGGACGCAGCCUCAUGGUGCCGGUCCGCCUGGGUCAGGUCGGACUGAUAUGGUUCCUGGGGACCUACGGUCACGAUAACCCACACACCUGUAUGGACGCCGUCCGUCUGGAAUGGGAAUGGCUGUCUGAUUGCAAUGACCGAGCCAACGCAGCACGGGCAAUCGUUAUUGCUGGUGGCGACUGGAACACCUACGGCACCAGCCCACACGACCGCCGGAACCCGGAAACACGACCGGCGAACGCGUACGCGACCGGGCAGGAAUUCGAACAGUGGUUGCACGCCAACCAGUGGGUUUCUACAUUCCGCCUGCGGUGGCCCGACCUAGACCGGCACACAUACCAACGCGCCAACACGGCCACGACACUGGACGACAUAUUCAUUAACACACGAGCAGCGUGGAAAGUCACGGGGGCUGGUAUCUGGCUCGACUCCAUCCACUCCAGUGAUCACGUCGGCACCCCGGUCGUAGAGCUGCGACUCGAUACUUCAGAACGCUCACGACAUCGGUUACAGGACGUACAAGCGAUCAAGGGUGUCAAUACACGCCGUAUUACGCCUACGGAACUUGCGCGCUUCGGCCCCUACAUCACCGAUACUAUCCGAACAGGGGCUGUACCGAAGCUCAUCCCACCGUGCAGCUCCGAGCAGCCGGACGAGGUGACAGCUUGGUUGGAACUGGCCCUGAGUAACGUUACACAUAUCCUGUACCGCGGGGCGGCACUGCUAUGGGGCGAAACAUCACAAACGCGGACGACAAUCCACCGCGAUAUCUGCGUCAAACGUACCAUCCGGUGUAACGGCCACUGGCGCCACAUCAUGAGGCAGCACGCCGGGGCGCCGUUGGAGGCCAACGCCAUCAUCCUGGCGGUCCGAGGGAUAGAAUGGCCAAAGUGGGUGAUCGACCCCCUAGCCGCCCCAGAGGACAGCCCACACCGUACCGGCGCCACUCAAAUCCGGGAAUGGAAAGACCGGCCUCCGGAACAGGCCUCGGACAUUAACGCAUGGCAAAAUUGGCUACUUGAGGGCUUCGCAAUCUGGAAACGCACAUGUCGCACACGACGCAACUGGAGGGACACCCAACGGCGGGUACGGCGCACGGCCAACCAUCAAGCCGCCUUUAGCACCGGCCGUAUGAGGUCAUUUAUUCGGCAAGUAACCGGGCCGGCACUUCCCCCGGUCCAUAUCAAGAGCGUGAUGAUCAGGGACGCCAACGACCAAACACGUUACAGCGAACGCCGCCGGGACGUGGAAGCCGGUCUACGGGCUACCUUGGAUAACUGGAUACCGGCGAACGAACGCACCACGCGACCGACUCACCUGGACACGUGGGACGUACGUGACGGUCCGUCAGCACCCCGUUUUAUUCGGGAGUGGCUCGUGGACGAUAUGGCCCAACCACCGCCGAUCCACCAUGCUUUUCUCCACAAUGGAAAGUGCACGUGGGAUGCGUAUCGCUACGACGCUGACUGCCAGGCGCAAUGCGAUCGGACGCUUCGACGAGGCGUCUCACCCGGUUUUGGCGGCGUCAGCCAGGAACUCUGGAUAGCCGCCCCGCCGGCCAUCCGGGAACGAGAAAGCCUUAUCAUCAAUACUAUCCUUCGCACGGGCCUCGUCCCACCAUCACUCAAACGCAAGCAGAUGAUUUUUCUGCCCAAGGCGGCCACGGCGCACGGUGUCGUCGGCCUCGACCCUGGUAGCCCACCAUGGCGGCCAAUCACCGUCCAGAGUGCAUUUGCAAGCCGCGUCUUCACGGUUAUACGGAACUAUAUCGGUCCACAACUACCGAACGAGGAGCUACAACACGGUUUUCAGCGCCACCGGACGGUACACGACGCUGCAAUACUCACAACGCUACUGCUUGAACGGGCGCAGCGCAAGGGCCAUGAACUCUUCCUCGUAUCGAAGGACUGCCUGAAAUGCUACGAUCGUGUGCCCGGAUGGGUAAUGGAGUACGUGUACCUUCAAAACUUGGCAUUCCCGCAACGCCACGACGCCUAA